GAAGGAUCAGAUCUCAUUCUUCAUUUCACAGCAUAAUAACAACUCCAGUUGAGAUUCCACUAUCAUCUUACGGACUAGGAAUCAGCAACUCAACAACAAAAUGACUAGCCGCCAUGUUCUAACUCACCGAAUCAAAUCCGGUGUAAUAUUCUCCGCCCCCGGCAACAUGCUGGCCAUGCCCGAAGGAGGCUGGGGUGACGAUACACCAGUCCCUCGACCAAAGAAACCCAAGAAGAAAAUCGCACACCGUGGCAUCGAUCAGUUUCCCAGGUACAUAUCAAGAGUGGCGCCUCCUUAUGAGCCUCACGAUGACGCUGGUCCUUUCACCUCGGGCAGAGAUGUCAAAGAGUUCAGACUCUUCUCCGUGCCACCAUACCCCGAGCCCCCAGAGAGACCUCAAGAACCUGAAAUACCUGAGGUGACACUAUGUCUACCGGUGCUCAGUGUGUCAUUGACAGCUACUGUUGACGGGACAGUCGCCCAUACAGAGCUGGUGCAGAAAUUUCACAAUCCCUCUGAUGUGAUAAUCGACGCUGCGAAGCACGUAUUCCCUCUAUACGAUGGAGCUGUUAUCACCUCAUUUGAGUGUACAAUUGGUGAUGAACGUCGUGUCAGAGGCGUCGUCAAGCCAAAGGUGCAAGCGCGGAAAGAAUAUGAGGAAGCUGUCCGCGAUCGAGUCGCAGCUCCGGCGCUUUUAGAAGAGCAUACGCCCGAGAUCUUCGAGACGUCUCUUGGAAACAUUCCCACCAAUACAACAGUGGAGAUCAAGAUUACGUAUGUUCAAGAGCUGAAGGUCGUCAUGAUGGAAACAGAAGCAACCGAGGGGAUAGCUCUUACUAUUCCGAUGUCUAUUGCUCCGCGCUAUAGUAAGUCACCAAUUGAGUGGGAGCCAGCGUCAACCAUACCAGAGGAGAAGCUUGACAUCUGGAUCAGGGUCAUUGAUAAUGGGAAAGUUAGCCAUGAAGGCUGUGAUGAAGAGUCGGGCCAUAUCGUGGAUUUUGAGGGUUACAAACCCAUCGAAUACUUCCACGUGUCUGAAAAAGAUGCAGCACCUGCAUCCUACUACGUCUGGCACCAUGAAUCACAGCCACCAGUUCUGAGGAAGGACUUUGUCUUUGUUAUCCAGAUGAAUGAGGGUCAUCGCAUCAAGUCUCGGGCCAUCGCUUGCCCGGCAGAUGAUGAGGGUUUAGCUGCCAUGAGGGUAAACAUCCGACCCAACGAUCUGUUCCGCAAUGCCAUCAUUCCACAAUCAUUCACCGGGGAGAUUCUGUUUCUUCUUGACCAAUCUGUAUCAAUGGAUUGGUCUAAUGGGUCACCAGCCUAUGGCAGCCGACAUACCGGAGGACGAAAGAUCGAUGUCAUGCGAGAAGCAAUGUUCCUUGCUCUUUCUGGAAUACCAUCUACAUGCAUCUUUAACAUCAUAUCAUGGGGAUCAGCAACCGUCGGCCUGUGGGGAAACUCCCAACCUCACACCGAAGAGAAUAUCAGAGAAGCCAAGAAAUAUGUCUCCCAAAUCGAAGCUGAUAUGGGAGGUACAGACCUACUUCGAGCUCUAGAGGCUGUAGUGAAGCGUCGAGUGCAAGAACGAGGAUCAACGCAGAUCAUCAUUCUCACAGACGGCGAAUUGGAACCAGAGGAAUCGAUCCAGUUUAUCUGGAAGAAACGUCAACUAUUCGGAGACAGCAUUCGAUUCUUCGCCCUGGGCAUUGGAGAUGAAGUUUCUCACCGUUUGGUGGAGAGUAUCGCGGAGUGUGGCGGUGGCUAUAGCGAUGUUGUUCAUACUACGCAGACACCACGAUGGCACGAUCGAUUGAACCGAUUACUGAAGUCGGCUCUGGAACCAAACAGCUGGAGUUGCGACAUCGACCUCGGUAGCGGAUUCGAACGGAAGAGCCUGAUCGAUUACAAGCUAGGACGGGAUAAUCCUGCAGAUGGUGGCAAGAUACCUUAUGUCCAAUCUCCUUUUCCAAUCUCAUCCCUCCAUCCCUUCAGCUUUGCCUCGAUUUCCUUCUUGGUCGACCUUCGUCAUGGCGGAGAACUUCCCAAGACUAUUAUGAUAACCACGACUACCCCUGGUGCCAAGAAAAAGUCUUAUGAACUACCGAUAGAGAUAGUAACGAACAACGACGGAACUAUCCAUCGAUUAGUCGCCAAAUCCGCUCUACUUGACCUAGAAAAUCAGAUAAAGCGCGGAACUACAGAAACAGAAGUCACCAAAGCAAGUGCAGAGAACAUUGGCACUAUGUACUCCAUCACCAGCAAGUGGACAAGCUUCGUUGCUGUCUCAGAAAAGGAACCUACGCAGACCGUGGAAGAGCAAAAGAUGAAUCACUACAAGGCACUCUUUGACGAGAUAGACAUCGAUGAGCUUCUCAAUAACGUGGAUGAUGAUGAAAGUACAUCUUCUGAUUCGUCGAGUGGUAUUGUCUAUGGUGUCUCUCAGAGCCCGCAAAUGAAUAGCCUAGACUUAUCACCACCAUUCUCUAGACCUUCGGAUCACUAUAACUACGGCCGAGUACUCGAGUCUGCGAAGUCAAGACCACUUCCCCAGCCAGCGUUCUAUCGGCCACCACCACCACCCGCACAAAAGUCACAAACCCAUUCCGCAGGCAAUAAUGGAGGUCGGCAACUCGUUAUAGAAAAACGUACGCUCAGGAGUUGUUCUUUUGAAGAGGAUAGUUAUGAGCCCGAGGAUCUACCUCUCGCGGGUAGUCCAAUCGCUCGGUGCAUAUCCGUUUCAGGGCCAGUGGAGCCACAAGCAUCUGAUGAUAGUGGUCCUGCCGGUACAAGUCAAAACGUCUCCCACACUUUGAGCAUAACUGGAAGUUCGAGUUCUGAAGAUGAGGUGCUUGAGUGGAGAUCUCGGGAACGGCGGGGUUCUACUGAAUCUCAAGCUCGGGCGAAGAGUGUCGACGGUGAUGUUGGCAUACCCUCAAGACAGCGCGUUUUUAGCGACAAUUCCCCAAUAACUGGUAUUUUUGCCAAUGUUCCUCUCAUUCCAAAUGAUUCUUCUUAUGAAGAAGCAGAAAGAUUGGAGCGCACGCGAGCGAAUACCGCAGACGGUGUCACUCUGCAUAGCAUUCCGGACUUACCACCACCUACGGCAGAAGACUCUCUAGUUCACGAGCUUAGAGAUCGUUCUCGAGCUGAUACGGCUAGACCAUGUAGCGUUGAAUCGUACAAUUCAGCAGCCGAUACGAAACGAGCUUCUACGUCUGCGUGCUCCACGCCAUCAAAGCCCGUGCGCCGCAGUACACCUUUAUCUGAGGACGAAGACGCUUAUUUUGAAGUUGGUACAAACCAGAGGUUUCGGGUCGUGGGCCCUCAACAAACCAUGCCGUCAUCUAGACGCCCUCCUGUCGGUGAAGACCGCCAACUCAUCGCGCCCAAGGUUCCCCCGCCGUCUGGUGAGCCUUCCUUGCCUGGCUGGGCACCGCAAAGCAGCGCACGAGAGACCCUACCUGGUGGUCCUAAAUUCCCUACUUACAGAGUUCCACCCAUCCCUAGUCCCCCACCCCGAGCUCCAGGCACAUACAACAGCGACGCGAAAAACGGUGAGGCAAUGAGCGCUACAUACAUUUCUCAGCCCUCUGAAACUUUCCUUGGGCCUGAUUCAUUAGCGGUAAACGCAAAAUCGCCUCAUGACCAUGGAUUUCCCUACAGCGGAUAUCCUGUAUUCCCUUGUGACGCUAAUACGGCUAAGCCGGGUAACGUUGGAUCUUGGGAUUCAAACCACGAUUCAGACCACGAGGAAAGGAGUCAGAGCAGUUUUGACUUACCUUCAUAUCAACAUGACCCGCAUGACCCUCUAAACUGGCGGGUUGCUAUGGAAAGUCAAGAUGGCCAGGGUCUAUUCAAACUGCCAGAGCAAACCGGAGAAAGGCUGCGGCGGCACUUCUGUCGGGACACAACACUGAAUGUCAUGCCCAAGAUUUCCGAAUUUCUGAGUGACUCCUCAAUCUCAGCACAAGAGAGGGAAGAAACAUGUGGCCGCUUAAUGGACACAUUGAUGAUGGUUGAAUGUUACAAAACGCACUUGGCGCAGGAGGAAGACAUAUGGGACUUGAUGAUGGAGAGGGCGUGGGACGCGAUGAUUGCGGUUCUUGGACUAUCUGAUAGGGAAGAAGCCUUAGAAGAGUUGGCGAGUCUUGCAAGAGCUUCGAUGAUGCAUUCGCAUUUCAUGGCUGCGACUGGAACAAGGGAUUCGGAGAAGGAUGGUGAUUCUGUGGACGCGGUGAUAUGUCCUGUCUGCGACGUGGUAUGGCCGACAACGCAGCGUUUCUUUUGUCCUUUUGAUCACGAGACUGACACGGAGAUUGAUGAGUUCCAGAACUGGGAUGACUUUUGGACACAUCAGAUACAGAAAGGGCAUGUUGUUUGUCCUCAGGAGGGUAUGUAAAUGGAGGAGAUGAGCCAACAUUUUCUUGCAUAUCCAUCCAUAAGCUCAAAAUCUGCAAGGGUAUAUCUUGUGCGGGUGACAGAAUGUGAAUAAAAUGGUACGGAAUUUACAAAAUGACUAUGGAGCCUGAUGGAGGGUCAAUGCACUGGAUAUACUAGCAGCGAAAAAAAACACGAGCGGAAAACUAAUGAACUAAUUCUUCAAACUUUCAUUAA